UGGUUAUUUAAUUCCAAGCUCAUGGUAUUCUUUCCAACAACUUCUCUCCCUCCUUAAAUCCUUCUUCUUCUCCUUCUUCUUGUCUCUUUCUCCUUUCACUAACAAAUCCCUCAUAAAAACAAUAUUGGUUAUAUAAUCUGUGUAAUUAGGGUUUGGGAGGAGGCUUUUCAUCAGCAAAAAACAUGUCGGAAAUCGCUACUUGUUUGGAGCUAUCCAUAUCCAUGCCUGGCUUUUCUUCAUCUUUUCCUUCUUCAGGUGGUGGCGGUGGAGUCAAUAACACGAAAGAUUUGGACAUGAAUCGAAUCCCAUCCGAAGAAGGAGAUGAUAGCAUGGAAGACGAAGACGAAAGCUGCCCGAGUAUCACGACGAAUAACGGUGCCGCCGGAGGAGUUCCCCGGAAGAAACUCCGGCUCACCAAAGAACAAUCUCGUCUCCUUGAGGAAAGUUUCCGGCUAAACCACACCUUGAACCCUAGACAAAAGGAAGUUUUGGCCAUGCAAUUAAAGCUAAAGCCACGACAGGUGGAGGUCUGGUUUCAAAACCGUCGAGCAAGGAGCAAGCUGAAGCAAACAGAAAUGGAGUGCGAGUAUCUGAAGAGAUGGUUCGGUUCAUUAACAGAACAAAACAGGAGGUUGCAGAAGGAGUUGGAGGAGCUCCGGGCUAUGAAAGCCACCGCUGCCGCCUCCCAGAACCACCGUACCAACAACCGUCCUUCAACCACCCUGACUAUGUGCCCUAGGUGUGAAAGAGUCACCAGCGUAAAUAUCCACCAAGACAACGUGGGUCCAACCACCACCGCCAGCUCAGCCAGCACCACCAUCUCCGACAACCCCACGCUGUUGGGAAAAGGGGCGCCGCUCUUUCAACCAGGCCGGCAACACCCUUCCGCGGCUUGCUAGUCAAGAAAGCGUUCUUCUUGUCUCAUCAUUAUGUUGCAAUGACCAAAUUAGUCGUGAAACUAAAUUAGCGGGGAAGGUUAAUUAAUUCAACAAUUAAUGUCAAUAUUACUUACUCUGGCUAGCUAUAAUACUAAUUUAUUUCAUUCUCCCAUCUUUUUUUCUUUUUUUUUUUACCUUCAUCUCAAAUAGGAGAACUUAUCAAGAUGAUGCUAAAUAGUAGUGGAUUUUUUUUUUUUAAUGGAAGAAGUGGGUACUUUGGUGAUGUAUCAUGAAUUAAAAUCACUAACUAUUUCCGACAAUUUGUGUCAAUACAUUUUGCUAAUCGAC